GCUGGGCUUCUGCUGUCAAGUAGCUCGGGUGGGCUCCACCGAGGCGCGGAGGGGCGCAGGCCGGGGACAUGCGCUCCCAGGUGUUGGCGGCGGGACUGGGAAACGUGUAGGUGAUGGUCCAGCGGUGCGGCGCCGGGGCGAGCCGGAGCCGGGGACAGACAUCCACUUUGGAUCACAUCUGAAGCUGAAUUCAGAACAACAUUAAGCUUUUAAUAUUAUCCAACUGCCAUAAAGCUAAAGCUUUGUUUUUGAAAAUUGAACUUAACCUCUACUGGACACAAGAUGAAAAUGUGGCUGCUGGUUAGUCACCUUGUGAUAUUAUCUUUUACAACCUGUCUAUCAGAGUUUACAUGGCACAGAAGGUAUGGUCAUGGAGUUUCUGAGGAAGACAAAGGAUUUGGACCAAUUUUUGAAGAGCAACCAAUUAAUACCAUUUAUCCAGAGGAAUCACCAGAAGGAAAAGUUUCACUCAACUGUAGGGCAAGAGCCAGCCCUUUCCCGGUUUACAAAUGGAGAAUGAAUAACGGGGAUAUUGAUCUGACAAGUGAUCGGUACAGUAUGGUAGGAGGAAACCUUGUGAUCAACAACCCUGACAAACAGAAAGAUGCUGGUGUCUACUACUGUUUAGCAUCAAAUAACUAUGGGAUAGUCAGGAGCACUGAAGCCACCCUGAGCUUUGGAUAUCUUGAUCCUUUCCCACCUGAAGAACGCCCUGAAGUCAGAGUGAAAGAAGGAAAAGGAAUGGUGCUUCUCUGUGACCCUCCAUACCAUUUUCCAGAUGAUCUUAGCUACCGCUGGCUUCUAAAUGAAUUUCCUGUGUUUAUCACAAUGGAUAAACGAAGAUUUGUAUCUCAGACAAAUGGCAAUCUCUACAUUGCGAAUGUUGAGGCAUCAGACAAAGGCAAUUAUUCCUGCUUUGUAUCCAGUCCUUCUAUUACAAAGAGUGUAUUCAGCAAAUUCAUCCCACUCAUUCCAAUACCUGAACGGACAACAAAACCAUAUCCUGCUGAUAUUGUAGUUCAGUUCAAGGACAUAUAUGCAUUGAUGGGCCAAAAUGUGACUUUGGAGUGUUUUGCCCUUGGCAACCCUGUUCCUGACAUCCGGUGGCGAAAGGUCCUGGAACCCAUGCCCAGCACUGCCGAGAUCAGCACCUCUGGGGCUGUCCUGAAGAUCUUCAACAUCCAGCUCGAAGAUGAAGGCACUUAUGAAUGUGAGGCUGAGAAUAUUAAAGGGAAGGACAGACACCAGGCAAGAAUUUAUGUUCAAGCAUUUCCUGAAUGGGUAGAGCAUAUCAAUGACACAGAGGUGGAUAUAGGCAGUGACCUCUACUGGCCUUGUGUGGCCACAGGGAAGCCCAUUCCUACUAUCCGAUGGCUGAAAAAUGGCUAUGUGUAUCAUCAGUAUCAUAAAGGAGAAUUGAGACUGUAUGACGUGACGUUCGAAAAUGCUGGCAUGUACCAGUGCAUAGCUGAGAACACGUACGGAGCUAUUUAUGCAAAUGCAGAGUUGAAGAUCUUAGCUUUGGCUCCAACUUUUGAAAUGAAUCCUAUGAAGAAGAAGAUCCUGGCUGCAAAAGGCGGAAGGGUUAUAAUUGAAUGCAAACCCAAAGCUGCACCCAAACCAAAAUUUUCGUGGAGUAAAGGGACAGAGUGGCUUGUCAAUGGCAGCAGAACACUCAUUUGGGAAGAUGGCAGCUUGGAAAUCAAUAACAUUACAAGGAGUGAUGGUGGCAUCUAUACAUGCUUUGCAGAAAAUAAUAGAGGGAAGGCUAAUAGCACUGGGACUCUUGUUAUCACAGAUCCCACGCGGAUUAUAUUGGCCCCGCUUAACGCUGAUGUCACUGUUGGAGAAAAUGCCACCAUGCAGUGUGCUGCUUCCUUUGACCCUGCCCUGGACCUCACAUUCGUCUGGUCCUUCAAUGGCUACGUGAUCGAUUUCAACAAAGAAAACAUUCAUUACCGGCGGAAUUUUAUGCUGGACGCCAAUGGGGAACUGCUCAUUCGAAAUGCCCAGCUGAGGCAUGCUGGCAGGUACACGUGCACCGCGCAGACCAUUGUGGACAACUCCUCAGCUUCGGCCGACCUUGUUGUGCGAGGUAAAAGCAGAAAAGAUGGAGAGAAAAACAUGGUGGAUCCUUUUCUCCCCGUCUGUGCCAGCCUGCCUCCAACCUGGUGAUCCUGGGCACUCACCACCUGUGUGAAAAUCUUUUUGUUUAAACAUAUUAUACUACAUUUUACUAAUAACUCAAUCUUGUAGCUUCUGCAGUUCCCCAAUCCCUCCCCUCAAUCUAGUUCUUAGAGGAUUUUUUUUUCCCCUUUUGAAACUUCUAAACAUACUUUGGGCAAAAAGGUAUUUAAAAAUGUAAUGACACAGCUUCACUAAUAUCUGAAACAUGCCUAGUGAACUAACCCAGUGCAUCCUUUAAUGGCCAAGUACAAUUUUUGUGUUUUCAUAGCCUGUUUUUCUUUGAAAUCACAUAUCUCAGAAAUUAGCCCAUUAUUUGGGGGGAAAAUGAUGAGUAAACUGGUAAAUUAUAAUACAGGAGUGUUGCUAUUGAAUGGGUUGUUUGAUUUACCUAAGCGGGUAAUGAACAAGGUUGUCAAAUUGGCUAAUGAGUCAUCUUAAUUAGGAUAUAAGCUAAGAGGCAUUACUCCUGCAGCCUUUGGUAUCCUGGUGCCAUACAUAUUCUUUGGCAAGAAAGGAUAAAAAGCAGCAGUUAACAAAUGAAGACUAUCCAUGGCUCUGUAGGGUUUUUGGAACAAUUCCUGGAACUGGGAAGUGAAAGUGGACAGCAUGUGGAGAAAAUGAUCACGGAAAUAAGAUUUGGGUGAAGAUGGCCAAGCCAUUAAUAGCGUGCAUACAUAUUUAAUUUUACUAACUCCUACCAUCAGCCUUAGAUCUUUUCUUUUUGAGGAAGAUUGAGAAUGAUCAGAAGGAUUUGAGCAGAAGUAAAGGAUUGAAAUUGAAGCGCAUACAAUUCUUUCUGAAACUGCUUAAAUUUAAUUAUUUGAAAAUGCUUUCGCUUUUCCCCUUUGGUCAGAGACAUGCUUAAAAUUCUUAUUUCUUCAGAAGAAAUAUUUUGCUCUUCUUAAGUGGGUUUAUGUUUGCGUGUGGGACAUUGUAUAGACUUCUCAUUAUUAACUCAAGCAUCCCCAUCUGUGGUUGAAAGAACUCUUCAGAAAGUUUGAGGAAUAUGGACAUGACAUGAAUAUUUUGAAUAUGAUAUAAAUAGUUUUCUUUUUAAAAUAAUGUAUUAGUUAUUUUAAAUAAAUACAUAUCUCAAGAUGUUACUUAUUCCCAUCUUUUUAAAAGGUUUUAAAUUUUUUUCUAGUCUCCAUUUAUUGUUACAGAAUCAUUUUAAUAAGUUAUUUAAAAUUAAUCUGAGGAUCUCAUGUGUCUGUAAACAUCACCAUGGAGACAUGGUGCAUGAAUCCCUUUGUGGGAAUUUUCUUACAGAGCCCAUAAUUGAAAGUCUACCACCAAGACCAGAUAGAGAUAGAGGUUUGGAAAGAAAGAAUAAAAUUUAGAAAGAAAACCACAUGACAAGUAUGACUGGUUCCAAGAAAGGGGGAGUCUUCUUGUUUAGAUAAAGUGCCUCGAUAUCAACUAGACUUAUACAGACUCAUUUACCUCCCUUUAGCUUCAUUCUCAUUUCUACUUGGGAUCGACUUUCACUUUAAUCAAUGUUAGAAAUUUAAAAACUACCACGCUCUCAUUAAAUUUUAGAGUAAAGAUAUUUAAUAUUCAGCUUCAUCUUAGCACAGCCUUAAAUAUUGAUGAGACCACACAACAUUAAUUUGUGUUUUAUAAACUUAUAACUCAACCACUGCCUUGAUACUUUUUAGAGCAGGAAUCAUACUGUAGUAAUAAAAGGAUUUUGACAUAUUUUGGAAAAAAAGAAGCCACCUUUUCUAAUAUAACUAAUACUCUUUCACAUUGUUAUUUUAAGAUUAUUUUAUUUUAAAAGGGAGGAUAAUUUGUUCUGAAAAUAUUUUUGUUUCCAUGACAUAUAAACUUGUUACCAAAAUUUUCUAUUUUAGUAAAAAUUAAAAAUUAACCACAGUAUAUUUGUAUGUGGUGUUUUGCUUUUAAUUACACAUUGGGAAAUUGUAAGUGAAAAAAGGAAGGCAACACCAAGUUGUCCUUUAGACUUGACAUCAAGGUUUAUUUUAAAAGUGUGUGCUACGUGGGGUGAAGUCCCAGCAAAACCAGUACAUUUUUGUGUUCGGUUCCGACUCUAGUUGUUUAGAAAGCCAGUCAGUGCCUAAGAGAGAGAAAGUACGUUAGUUCUACUGCUUAAGUGUUGCUACCAACCCCAGUGAUGACUGCGGUAUGAUUACAGCUACUAUGCAUCUUUUUAAUUCUGAAGGGCCCCCUUUUCAUAUCUUCUAUCCCAUUUGAUCUAUCAGAAAAUGAGUCUAAAGUAUUGAUUGAAAUAAUGUGGUCAGCUAGUUUGUAUUUUGUGAGUAAUCAUUUUGAAAAGCUUUUUUUUUUUUUUUCCCAGCUGCCUUUUCUCAAAUAUCUAAAUUCUUCUUUAUUGACUGUAUUCCUAAAAAGGAAAAGACACAUUGAUAAAAAAUUACAUUUCUUUUCAUUUUCCCUUCUAAUUACAUAUGAAUGAGAACUGGGUGGAAACCACAUUUGUAUUUUGUUUGUAAGUAGGUACUUAUUACUAAAAACACUAGUAAAAUUCAGGAAAGAUGAACAAAUACCUUUUGGUGAUCAGGAAAGACUGGAGAUAUAUUGAGUAUUAAUUUAUAAAUGGGUGAUAUUAUCUUUACUUACCUGUUUUUAAAGGCUUGUUUUUGAUAUAGUUAUUGAAAAGUUGAUUUCAAGGCAAAUCAUUUGGGUUCAAAUCCUAGCCUUUCCAUUUAUUUGCUGAGUGACUAUGAUUACUUUAUUUAAUCUAUCCUUGUCUGUUUCCUCAUCUGUAAAUUAGGGAUUACUAUAAGAAUUAUAAAAGAUUUAACAAUGACUGCAAUGUAAUAAAAAUAAAAUAUAUUAUUUUAUUAGAAUGUACAAUAUAAAUUUUCUUUUUUUAAUACUAACAGCAUUUUACAUCAUGCAAAUUUAAGUUAUGGAUUCACACUAGUUUAAAAAAAAUACAGACAUAUUCAAGAGAACAUCAAUAUAAAUGUCAGGUGGCUCUUUGGACAUCUUUGGCAGACAGGUACCUUUGGGCUGCACAAUCUGAAUUUCAAAUGGGCUUUUCCUCAUUUUGCGUGAGUUGUGCCAGGAAACCCAGUUUCUUCUGACUCUGCAUGCUGCCACGGACUAAUUGUGUGAUUCUGGCAAUAACCCUUCUCAAUGGCAACAUUCUAUGUAACAUGUGCAGAUUUUGGCUUAAAUGAACUCUAAAAUGUGUGUGAUCUAUGUUGCAUAUAAAGAUAUUUCCAUUAUUUGCCUAUGUUUGAUGAUUUAAUAGUAAAAACAUGCAGUAAUUGAGUUGGGAUAAUGCUUUAUGUAGAGUAAUGAAUUUCUUGGUUCUGAUCAUGUGUGUGCACUGUAUUGCAAUGUGGUUUCUACACAUAAAACAUGCACUAUGUUCUUUCUGAGCACGAAUGCCAAAUUUGUUCUGUAUUAUUUAUAUGUCUAUUUUCAUUCAUUUUGGAUGGUGUGUUAUUGUUAUUUUAGCUAAUAUCAAGAAGUAUAAGUUCACUCUUACAAAUUAUACAUUAAUAAAACUUUACCUUUUAUUAUAUUUGUUCCCAAGUAAUAAAAUUUACUACCAUGAA